GGCGGCGCUGGGGGCCGCUGGGCGCCCGGCCUGGGGAAGGACGGGAAGGGGGACGGUCGGGUGCCGUCAGGCUGUGGUCUGGGGGCCCUUCCUCUGUGUGGGGCGCGGCCUGGGACUCUCCCUGCCCUACAGGGGUGGGGGGAAGCCCUUGGCUGGCUGGAAGUCCCCGCCUUCAGGGCAGCCCACACCUGUCCUUUGAAAAGUCCCCUCAAAGAAAGCGUUUCACCUGUGGGGGCAGUAACAGGAGACGUGCGUCCUCGAUUAUCCCCAAGCGCCCUGCAGACCGGCAGGUCUAGUUGGCUUGUGGGGAAAAGAUACCUCUUUGUACGUCAGAGGAAACUGAGGUUGCAGUUGAUUGCGGUUGGUUCAGGCUGAGUUGUUUGGGAAAUAGAAGUUUUGCCCAGCGUGAGUCAGCACUGCCCUGGGUAAACUCCCUGCUGUGUUGCAAUCUUGCUUACCAAAGAUACAUCCCCAGGCGGCACCAUUCACUUCACUUGAAAGCCGCUGCUCUUGGUUCCUGAGAUGAUCUCAUCUGAACAUGGCUCCAGCGACCUCAGCCACAGGAACUAGAGACAGCUUGCUUUCUGUCGUGGCAAUGUUUUGAAACUGGCAAAAUCAGAUUUUAUCAUGUGGGCAACCUGCUGCAACUGGUUCUGCCUGGAUGGACAGCCUGAGGAGGUCCCACCACCCCAGGGAGCCAGGAUGCAGGCCUAUUCCAACCCUGGGUACAGCUCCUUCCCUUCCCCAACAGGCUUGGAACCAAGCUGCAAGUCCUGUGGGGCUCACUUUGCAAACACGGCCAGGAAGCAGACCUGCUUGGACUGUAAGAAAAAUUUUUGCAUGACCUGUUCGAGCCAAGUAGGGAAUGGGCCCCGCCUCUGCCUUCUCUGCCAACGGUUUCGAGCUACAGCCUUUCAGCGAGAGGAGCUCAUGAAGAUGAAGGUGAAGGACUUGAGGGACUAUCUCAGCCUCCAUGACAUCUCUACCGAAAUGUGCCGGGAGAAAGAAGAGCUGGUGCUCUUGGUCCUUGGCCAGCAGCCUGUAAUCUCCCAGGAGGACAGGACUCGUGCCUCCACCUUGUCCCCAGACUUUCCUGAGCAGCAGGCCUUCCUGACCCAGCCUCACUCCAGCAUGGUUCCACCUACCUCACCCAACCUCCCCUCUUCAUCUGCACAAGCCACCUCUGUUCCCCCAGCCCAGGUUCAGGAGAAUCAGCAGGCCAAUGGCCAUGUGUCUCAGGAUCAAGAGGAACCCAUCUACCUGGAGAGCGUGGCCAGAGUACCUGCUGAGGAUGAGACCCAGUCUAUUGACUCAGAGGACAGCUUUGUCCCAGGCCGAAGGGCCUCUCUGUCUGACCUGACCGACCUGGAGGACAUUGAAGGCCUGACAGUGCGGCAGCUGAAAGAGAUCUUGGCUCGCAACUUUGUCAACUACAAGGGCUGCUGUGAGAAGUGGGAGCUGAUGGAGAGAGUGACCCGGCUAUACAAGGAUCAGAAAGGACUCCAGCACCUGGUCAGUGGUGCCGAAGACCAAAACGGGGGAGCAGUACCAUCAGGCUUGGAGGAGAACCUGUGUAAGAUCUGCAUGGACUCACCCAUUGACUGUGUUCUUCUGGAGUGUGGCCACAUGGUAACCUGUACCAAGUGUGGCAAGCGCAUGAAUGAAUGUCCCAUCUGCCGGCAGUAUGUAAUCCGAGCUGUGCAUGUCUUCCGGUCCUGAGAGCUUGCAUCGGUUUCUUCAGUGCCUUACAGGGAAAUAGCCUGGGGUGUCUGGGCUCAGGGUUGGCCAGCUUGCAGAGGAGCAAGCUAGUCGAAAUAUUGCAGGGUUCCCAAAACCAGGUCAAGCAAGAUGCCAUGUCACCCCUGAGCAUGCCUGUCUUCCCAGGGGUGUACCUCUUGGCUGGCAAAGCCCAAGGCCAGUGGGAACUUGUAUAAAUCACAUGGGUAUGUUCUUGGUUCAGUGAUCUUGGAGUGAUGAUGGUAACUGAUGAACAGAGAACUUUCCAGAACUUGGGUCCUGUCUUCCUCCCUGAACCUAGACAGUUUCACCCCUCCUCCUGUACCCAACCCAUCCCCACCCCAUAUGGGAGAUGCUUGCCCAUGUGUUUCAUCAAUCAGAAGUCCUCCUCCCCAGCACAUUUGGAUUUAAAUUUCUGGUCUCUCCAGCUUUCUGUGCUUUAACUAUCUUUGCUAAAGUCUCUUGCUACAUUGCCUAAAUCCAUUUGUUUCUUUGGACCAAAAAUGUUAGUUUACCAGACCGAUAGUGGUCCUUAGGACAGAUUUUAGACCAGUAAACUUAUCUUUGGUGAGAAAUGAAAUACAAAUGCUAUAGAAAAAUUUCAAAGUUGUUAAAAGCCACUUCCUUAAAUGCUGGGAUUGGAAGCUGUUGGUCUCCUGACCUGACUCUGGGAGCCAACAAAACAUCAGGCUCCCAAACUGCUGGGAAAUUCGUUUCUGUCUGCAAGGGAUAGUGCGUGCAUAAUCCCUGCUGCUGCUUCUCUUGGGACCUGAUUUGCACCAUCCUUAGUUUAUGCGGAAAGGGGAAGCAAUGGGUGGAGGCAGUGGCCUUCUCCUUAAUUUUGGCUUGGCUUCUGAUCCUUUUCCCAACUAGAAGUCUUAAGCCACUUUACUCUGAAAAUGAAAUCCCUCCCUUAUCCAUGGUAGUUUUAAAUUUGGUUUCAUUGAAGAAAUAGAUUUAGGCAAAGAGCCUGUGCUCUUCUCUGGCCAGACUGCUGUUGAAGUUCCUGGAGAGCAAAUGUUAAGACAGAGCACUUAAGAGCUUUCAGGAGGUACUGAAUGAGACUGGAUUCUGUUGUGAGCCGACAGUUCAAGUCUUUAUUUCCCAGGUUGGUGGGGAGUGAGGAGACCCUACUUUCAUUCCCUUUCCUAGCCUACUGAUUUUUGGGGGCAGGUCAGGGAGAAAGCAUUUUUUUUUUUUUUUUUUGAGUCUCACUCUGUUGCCCAGGCUGGAGUGCAGUGGUGCAGUCUUGGCUUACGGCAACCUCCACCUCCCAGGUUCAAGCUAUUCUCCUGCCUUAGCCUCCAGAGUAGCUGGGAUUAUAGGCACCCACCACCACACCAGGCUAAUUUUUGUAUUUUUAGUAGAGACGGGGUUUCACCAUGUUCACCAGGCUGGUCUUGAACUCUUGACCUUAUGAUCUGCCCGCCUCAGCUUCCCAAAGUGCUGGGAUUACAGGCGUGAGCCACCACACCCAGCAGGAGAAAGCAUUUUCUAGGCUCUUUAGGAAGGACCAUGCAAUGAGUAGGUGAUGUAUUUGAGCCCUCACAGUCUUUACACCCCUAGAGGAGCUGGAGGACUUAAGAGUUUGCUGCAGAAGCGUGGCCAAGCACAAAACACAUGAUCAGGAAAGCAGAGUGUUUUCCCAUUACCAAUGGAUGAACUAUGCAAACCCUAAACGCCUUGGCAGACAACUCCCACCCCUUACCCCUCCCAUGCAGCUGAAAAAUCUGAGACUAGAACCAAUCAUGACUCUGGAUGGCAGAGGGAAACCUCUAAAGGGACUUAUUACAUUGGUACAGACAUAUUUAUGCUUUCCUCCAUCACCAACCACUAAACCCCUUUGGAGGAAUGAAAUAACUGCAUAAAAUAGUUGUCAACUGAACACUGGGCCACUUACCUCAACGUUAUACAAAGUCCUGGAUGAUUUGAUUCUGAACCACAGCCUUUGCAGGAGUUGGGGGAAUCAGAUUUGCUCAUGAAGACAUCCCUUUCCACUUUUGUCAUGGGCAGUAAAUACUAUAGUUUACAAUGCCUACCAAUUAGCAAAGGAUCAUUCAUUCAGCUACUCAGUUCCUCUGUAAAACAGGUCUAUGUAUGUGCAAUUCAGCUAAGAUCUAGCAGUAACUUAAGGGCAGAAGCUGGCUCUCUACUUACAACCUGUUUCUCUGCUGAAGCCUUACCUCCUCUUCAGUUUCCCUCCUAGACACAAAUCGAAAAUAAUUAAUAUACUGACAGCUGGUUAGUAACCUCAGUAAGAAUUAAAACUGAGGUUGUUUACUCAUUUUGCCUUUAAAUCUUUUAUCCCCUUUUGGUGAAGGUUUCCCUUUAGGAAAAAAGGUGUCAAACAACCCUGAUUUUUUUUUUUUUUUUUUGCAUCAUUUUUAUUACACCAAAUAAAAGUUGGGAGUUCCAAGAUCCCAUUCCAGUUAAUAUUUAACCAAGGUCUAAAAUUUGAUUUUUUAAAAAUCUUUGAAUCCUCCCUUCUGCCCCUCAUGGAUCCUUGGUUUUAAUGAUAUGGAAACGUCUAAUUCUUAGAAUUAUUCCGUAGCUUUUGCUGAUUACUCUGAGAUUUCAGUUAAGACUUGUUUCAAAAGACAGAUAGCUGACUGGUUCAUAAUACAUUGGAAUAGUUGGAUCCAAACUAAUAAGAAUAAGCUGUACAGGAACUAGUGCUCAAUACACAUUGUAUAAAUUUGUGGAAAUUUCUUGGAUGUGAAUUGUUACUUCAAGUGGCUUUUAUUAAGAUUUUCUCAGACUUACUUGGAGGUUAAAGCAAACCCAAAUGUGUAUUAUUUUGUUACAGAGCUCUGCUUUAUAAUUUUGUAAUAAAGUUUCAAUACAGACA